AUAAAAUAACAUAUCCCAUUCACAUCCUAAACAACAUGGAUCAUUCCGAGAAGAUUGAGAGAAGGAAAAAUCCCAGGGAAAACGCCAACUUGUUUUCCCUUUUAAGUUUCGCGUAUAUAGGAAGGCUUUACAAGCAAGCGUACAAAAACGAUCUGGAGGACAACGAUCUCUACGAAGUGAUCGAAAACUGCGAGUCCAAAAAAGCCGGCGACCUUUUGGAGGCGGAAUGGGACAAAGAAUUCAAGAAAAAAUCGCCUUCGAUGACGCGUCUGAUGUGGAAUCGAUGGGGUUGGAAGUACGUUUUCAUCGGCUGCAUCGACCUAACCUGGAGGCUUAUUAGAAGUUCUUUAGAACCUGCUGCAGUGAGCAACCUCAUCUCCUACUUCAAACCAGGUCAUAGCGAUACCAGCAAAACGCAGGCGUGCUGUUAUGCUGCUUUGGUGCUUUUCAUUCAAGUUUUCCACAGCAUCUACCUCCAUAAUCUGAUCAUCUGGGUGCAGGGACUGGCGAUUGAAAUAAAAGCCGCGUUCUCAUCGUUGAUAUACAGGAAAUCUUUGAAACUGAGCCCCGCGGCUCUGUCCGAUGUUAGCGUAGGCAACAUAGUGAAUUUGGUCACCAAGGACGUUCACACGUUUCGAAUAUCAAUUUGGAUCAUCAGCGAUAUAUGCACGGGCACUGUAGAAGUAUUGCUUAUUUGCUACCUGUUAUACUCGAAAAUCGGUGUGGUGUCGAUGGCUGGAAUCGUGGUUUUAACUCUUUCCCUUCCCAUUCAAGCAUAUCUCUGCAAGGUGGUUACUGAUUUAAAAUUGAAGAUGGCAGAAAAAACGGAUGAACGUCUGCAAAACACGCAGGAGACGCUCAAUUCUAUAAAAAUAAUAAAAAUGUACACUUGGGAGGAUUAUUUCUAUAACAAAAUUAAUUUCGCUAGAUGCAAAGAAUUAUCCAAACUCUUUUGGGUGUUUUACUUGAAGAUGGUCAUCAUCUUGAUAGGGGCAAUAUUUUCUAAAGCCGGUUUCUACGUUCUGUUGACGGUUUAUAUUUAUUUAGGAUACGCCACAGAUACCAGUAUACUCUUCUACAUUCUCACUAAUUUUAAGAAUCUCAAGAGCACAUUGGGUCAUUCUAUUCCGAAUAGAAUAGGCAAAGCCGGUGAGUUUUUAUCGUCCUUCAAACGGAUCGCCAAACUAUUGAAAUCAGAGGAGAUCAAUCCAAGGCUGAAGAAGACGGAAAAAACUGCCAAUCCCAUGAUAGAAGUUACCAAUGCUAGAGUGUGCAUCGAUGAUAAACUAAUUUUGGAUAACGUUUCGUUCAAGCUUUCCACCGGUUUAACCGCGGUGACGGGAAACGUGGGUUCUGGCAAAAGCUCGCUGUUGAAGAUGCUGGUCCAGGAUUAUCCCUUGACUGGAGGAAGCUUCGUGAGGCAGGGCGAUAUUUCAUACGCCUCGCAGGAUCCUUGGUUGUUCCCUUCCAUUAUCAAGCAAAAUAUACUCUUUGGAGAAGAAUUCAAUGAAGCUAGGUACAACGAAGUGCUUCGAGUAUGCGGCCUUGUUUACGAUCUCAAACUAUUCGAAGACGGAGACGAGACGGUGCUGUGCGAUAGAGGAGCCAACUUGAGCAGAGGCCAACAAGCUAGAGUCAAUCUGGCCAGGGCUGUGUACAAAAAUUGUGAUAUUUACCUUUUAGACGACUCACUGACAGCGCUCGAUCAAACCGUGCAGGAUUAUUUGUUCGAGGAGUGCAUCCAGAAAUUUUUGAAAGGCAAGAUCGUUUUACUAGCCACUCAAACGCCCGCCCAUAUCAAAAGGGCAGACAACGUCAUAAUCAUGGAAAAUGGAAAAAUCAAAAGUUUCACCACACCAGAUAAAAUCCAAGAAGAGUUCACCGAAAUAUAUACUCCAGUAGAAGCAGAAGGUGAAAAACAAAAUGAAAGCGAUAGUUUGGAAUGUGACGAAACCAGCAAGCUUUUGGGAAUGGACGAAACGUACUGCAAACCAGUUUACCAGGAAACCCAGAAGAAAGGAUCCGUGGAUACGGAGGUUUAUAAGGAAUAUUUUUUAAUGGGUGGCGGAUUUCUGCUAGCUUUUCUCAAUUUAUCUCUAGGUGGAGUAACUCAAGCAUCGGAGAGUUACUCUGAUAAAUUAUUGACGUCGUGGGUAGAUAAGCAAGAAAACGUCUUAAACAUUGAAAAAAAUUUAACAUUCUACACCAAUACCACCGAUAAUUUCACCUACACAAAUAUUUCAAGUACUUUGGAUUUAGCCAGAAACGAACGACACGAAACCUUCAAAUUGUACACCAUCAUGAUAGUCGCCUCUGCUCUAUUAGAUCUAAUAAAAACCUACGCCCUUUUCGACUUUUGCAGAAGAGCAUCCAUCAAUUUACACAAAACUAUCAUCAAAAGAAUCAUUAACGCAGUCAUGACAUUUUUCGAUAAGAAUUACAUUGGUAACGUGCUGAACAGGUUCUCUCAGGAUUUGAUCAACGUCGAUGAACGCUUGCCCAUUUGCAUCAACGAAUGUUACAGGGUUGUAUUUUCAGCCGGAGGAAUCAUCUUGGUGAUAGGUUCAACAAACACCAGUUUCCUCUUGUAUAGUGCAGUCAUAUUCAUUAUGCUGGUGUUAAUGAGAAUGGCGUACUUGCCCGCCGGUAGAAGUUUGAAGCGUUUGGACGCAUCGACUAGAAGUCCGAUGAUUGGCCAUCUUAACGCUAGUUUGGAGGGCUUGACGACAAUUCGGGCGAGUAAAGUCGAAAAUAUUCUGCGAGAUGAAUUCGAUAGACAUCAAAAUCUCCACACAUCAGCUCACUACAUGUCAGCCAACGCCAUUAGAGCAUUCGGUUUUUUCACCGACCUUAUAUGCUCCACAUUUAUGCUCGUCGUCUUCACGAGAUUCAUCUUCCUGGACGCAGAUACGAGCGCGGGAAACGUGGGCUUGGCCUUAACGCAGGUGAUGCAUCUGGGUAGCACGGUGCAAUGGGGCGUACGGGAAUGGUCCGAACUGGAGAACCUGAUGACCUCAGUCGAGCGAACCUUGGCCUACACCAAAAUCGAAACCGAGCGCAAAGACGGAAAGACGAUCAGAAAAUGGCCCAAGUACGGCUCGAUAAUAUUCGAAAACGUGUCGAUGUUCUACAACGACAGGUCCGCCGUGUUGAAGAACCUCAACUUCGUCGUGGCGGCCAAACAGAAGAUCGGCGUUGUGGGAAGAACCGGUGCGGGAAAAUCCUCUUUAAUAGCAACGCUAUUCAGGCUGUAUCGCAUCGAAGGAAAAAUCCUCAUCGACGGAGUGGAUACAUCUAUAGUAGCUCUGGGCUUUCUGCGCAAGGGCCUGGCCAUCAUUCCCCAGGAUCCCGCGUUGUUUUCGGGCACGAUUCGAUCGAACGUCGAUCCGUUCGGAGAACAUUCAGACGAGCAGGUGUGGAAAGCCCUGGAUAAAGCGCAUUUGACCAACAGCGUCCAUAAUUUGGAACGCAAGGUGGGUAAAAAUGGGGAAGGUUUCAGCGUUGGUCAGAAGCAGCUCGUUUGCUUAGCAAGAGCGAUUCUAUCGAAGGCCAAAAUUGUCGUUUUCGAUGAAGCUUCUGCUAAUUUAGAUGCGGAAACAGACGCUUUAUUACAAGAGAGCAUUAACAGCAACUUCAACGAUUGCACGAUGCUGAUUGUCGCUCACAGAUUGCAUACAGUCAUCGAUUGCGAUAAAAUUAUUGUUAUGGAUAAAGGAGAGAUUAAAGAAUUCGACACACCCGCCAAUUUGCUAAGAAACAGCAAUGGUUUAUUUUAUAAUAUGGUAAAAAAAUCUGGAUUAACGAUUAAUAAAAUAGACUAGAGUUUUGUUUUGUAAAACCAUUUAUUAUUUAUAUCUAAUUAUUAUAAAAAAAUUCCCCACUAUCUUUUAUUAAUACGCUGACAGAAGUCUGAGUUGAAGUACAAUGGUAUAUUUUUCUGCUUUACCAGUUUGGAUAAUCUCUUGUACUCCUGCGACCAUUGGGAAAUCUUCCUGGCGAACGUCCUUUUGUCCUUGAUGCAUUUGCAAUACUUCGCUUCCUCUCUCCGUUGAUUUUCCCGCUCCUGUUGCUCCUUUUUGGCUAUCAAGUUCGCUUCCUCUUUUUUCCUGUUAGCCAGCCAAUUAAUCAGAUCGAGAGUUUCAUCAUCAAGAUCGAUUUGAGAAAAUCGGCUGACUAAGUACGAUAGCAGUAUUUGCACGUAUUUCGGGUUGAGUACUUCCUUUAAAACUUUAAUGGUACUGUAAUACAAGGUUUUCGAGAUACUCUCUUUGUACUUGGUCAAUGCUAUGGGGCUGUUUAUGGUCGUUUUGGUAAGUAAGGAAUCGACGAAAUUUUGAUAAUAUUUGUGUUCGAUCCUAACUUUAGGAAAGGUCUUUCCCGUCUUGAUUACAGUAGCGUUUUCCUCUUGAAGGAGGCACUUCUCUAUUUGCGAUUUGACCAGCUUAUCUCUGAAAUACUCCUCGCCGGAUCUCGUCUUCUUAAUAGCGUACAACUUUUUGUACACGUUCUUAUCUCUGUGAUUGCAAUUCGCCGAGUUCAGGUUGCCCACGAUGAAAUUUUUAUUGACCCGGCAAAUGCCCGCGUAGUCUACAAACAGGUGCUUCAGGUAGCUGUCCUCGACGUGCACGAACUGCUUGGAAAACUCCAGCAGGUUGCAGUGAAACACGCUAAUGUCGAAGGUGCACUUGAACGGCACGUCGCAUUCCUUGCACCGCUUCUCGAAGACGACGUGGUCGGCGUUGACGGUGGUGGUAGUUUCGGCGUCCAGGCGCAGCAAACAUUUAUCGUCCUUGGUCUUUUCGAUAAGGGCGUUAUUGAGUAGCACCUGCAGGAUGUCGUCCUCGCCGUAGAUAACGGUGGCGUAGUGGGGGUGCUCGUAUUUGUAGUGCAGCGUGACGUAGACGUAGCCGUCGACCAGCUCGUUGGCGAUCACCACGUUGGUGGUGAUCCUCGUGCCGUCGGCGAACUCGACGAUUUUGUCCGCCGUUCUGUACAAAAUGCAUUUGAAGCCGUCUCUGCGCUCGUAGAAGAUUUCCUCCUCGCAGAAAUCGUUUUCGGCUACAGUGUAGUAAAGUUUCUUUUGGCUGAUUUUAUUGCCCUCCAAGAUGGUUUUGGUGCCUUCGAAAUUCAAAAGGCUCGUUUUCAGAUAGGGUAUCUUCGUGUUGUCCAGCAUUCUGAAUAAGUCCUCGUUUACCACGUAUCCUCGUUUCGUCUCCAAGUUGCUGCGCCUGCUGAUGUAGUAUUCGCCGUCCGUUUUGCCGGCGUUCUUCAUGAACUUGUUCAGACGUUUCCUGUAAUCGCUGGUCGUUUUGCAGUGCUGGGGUUUGAUGGUCGACGAUCUGAUCGUUUCCUUGUCGGACUUGAGCUUUUCGAAAUCGAUGAUGUUGCCGUUGGACAUUAGAAUUCUGAUCGUGCCGUCCACUUUCUUGAUCAGUAUGUAGCCCUCUCUGGUGAACAACCGAAACUCUUCGUGUUUGAUGUCUGGUAUGUUAGUGUUGAGGGGCUCUUGUUUGAUCUCGACAAGUGUUUCUUUCAAAAACGACGGGUGGCAGGAUACGUGGACGCCGCUUGGUAGGGUUACUCUGAACACGGCGCUCUCGAACGCUGGCAUCGAGGCUCCUAUUGAUCGGAUAGGAACGAAACGCUUGCUCUUAGUCUGAUCAUUGUCGACGUUCUUCACAGAGGUUUUUUGCACGUGCGCCAGUAUUCGCUCUAAAACUGCCGCCAGAGGCACUGUGUCUACAGGUUUCUCGCUUACCACCUCCUGGUAAGCUUCCUUGAUUUUAUAAAUGGGGCUGUUCGUUUCGAUGGCUUCACAGAUACCCUGAUAUAUAUUCAUCGGGCAUUUGUCGUCUUCCUUUUGCACGGGUUCGACUACCGUCUUUC